CAACAUACCGUGGAUGAUGCUGAUGGUAUUGCCGGCGGAGCGGGCGUUAGGCUUCCGUGGGUUGUUGCUGUUUGUGAUCCUCCGAUGCUAGCCAAAUCACCUCUACUGCCGUAGCAAACACCGUGGUGGGAGACUGCUUCUUCCCUAUGGUUUGAAAUGGGAGGUAAAGAGAAUGGAUUGCCUUUAAUUCAUGCCUGAAAAUGUAUUCUUUGGUUGAUUAAAGAGAAGCUGCUUUUCUAAAACAUACCUGACCUUUUAGUUCAUAUUGGUCUGUGACCCCACCACCACCACCACCAUUAACCUCCAGAGUGAUAAGCCUACCCUUCUUGUAUUCCCAUGGAAGGAGCUGAAUAUAUUUAAUAUUAGGAGCACAUCCAGAAGCCUUUGAGGAGGGGGAUGGCUCUUCAUAUUCAUGAAGCUUGCAUACUUCUUUUGGUCAUCCCUGGAUUGGUCUCCUCUGCCGCCAUCAGUCAUGAAGACUAUCCUGCUGAUGAAGAUGGACCUGUUUGUGACCAGCCAGAAUGCCCCAAAAUUCACCCGAAGUGUACUAAAGUGGAACACAACGGAUGCUGUCCUGAGUGCAAAGAAGUGAAAAACUUUUGUGAAUAUCAUGGGAAAAAUUACAAAAUCUUGGAGGAAUUUAAGCCCUCUCCAUGUGAAUGGUGUCGCUGUGAGCCCAGCAAUGAAGUUCACUGUGUUGUAGCAGACUGCGCAGUUCCUGAGUGUGUCAACCCAGUCUAUGAACCAGAGCAAUGUUGUCCUGUCUGCAAGAAUGGUCCAAACUGCUUUGCAGGAACUACAAUAAUUCCGGCUGGCAUUGAAGUGAAAGUGGACGAAUGUAACAUCUGUCACUGUCACAACGGGGACUGGUGGAAGCCCGCUCAGUGUUCAAAGCGUGAAUGCCAAGGCAAGCAGACUGUGUAGGACAAAUUCCCAACCAAUGACAAGCUCUAAGGAGAGGAUGCUGUGGCUUCUACAACGCACAUAUUUAACACAAAACAAAACAAAAAACAAACUCCUGCCAGCUACAACAGGGUCACCAGCAAAAACCUUUUGGGGUUGACAAAAGUGAAUAUUUUGCUAAGAGGAAAUUUGUUUUCUCUUGCUAUAUAAAAUAUAUAUAGUAAUAGCUAUCUAAACCGCUUUUGUAAUUGCCAAUGCUUGAUGGUGACUUGA